AUGAAUCAUCAAAAGCCUCUAAAUAUGCUUCCCGCUAAAAAAGUACACUUGUGACGCUACUUUCACUGUUCAAAUCGUCAUCCAUGUAAGCUCUAUUAAUUAGCCCUCUCGCUCAUCAAUCCUUCUUGUACCGGACCGGUGAUUUUCCCGCAACUUCUACGGAUAGUGAUAUCAUCAUGAGCGGGACAACAAUCGUCAGGGAUACAAGAGGAUAUUAUUGCAGCCAAUGCCGGCAACGGUUUUCCAUCACAACAAAUAAUAUUGGAGAAAUCAAAUGCCAAUCAUGCCAAAGAGUGAGUUCCAAGUUUAGUUCGAGUCCGAGUCCGAGUCCGAGUCUGAGUGCGCAUUCCAGUCCGAGACUGAGUCCCAAUUCGGGUCCGAAUGCGAGUCCAGGAUCUGGUAGAGUUCUUUGUAUCGACCAAUGCAAGAAUAAGUUUUUUCCUCAUCUUCAUCGUAAUUCUCGCAGUAAUCCAGAAAUUACUGGUAGCAAGUUAUCUUCUUCUACAUUGAAUACUAAUCCUUCUGCUUUGAGUUCUUCAUCUUCGAGUCAUCGAUCGGGUCAACCUAGGAAACGUGCACUGCUUAUAGGAGUGACUUACAAGCAAUGGAAAUAUAGGCUUAAAGGAACUGUUAAUGAUGUCAAGCGUAUCAGGAAUAUGUUGAUUGAUCAAUUUGCAUUUCAGAAAGAGAACAUUCUUGUUCUUACAGAAGAGGAGAUAGACAAAGAGCUAAGUCCUACAAAGAAAAACAUUCAAUCGUCAUUAAAAUGGCUGGUGGAGAAUUGCCGGGAUGGUGACUCUCUUGUGUUUUAUUUCUCGGGUCAUGGCUUGCGACAACCGGAUUUCGAUAAGGAUGAACGUGAUGGGUUUGAUGAAACUAUUUGUCCAGUUGAUUUCUUGGAAGAAGGAAUGAUUCUUGAUAAUGACAUAAAUUCCGUCAUCGUUCAGCCACUCCCAAAAGGUGUCACUCUUCAUGCGAUUGUUGAUGCUUGUCAUAGUGGAACCAUUCUUGAUCUUGUCCACGUCUACGACAAAGUAAAAAGGAAAUGGAUGGAUAACAGCCCUCCAAAUGGUUCUUGGAAGCACACAAAUGGUGGAUUGGCAAUUUCUAUAAGUGCUUGUGAAGAUGAUCAAAUGGCUGCCGACACCACAGCUUUCAAUGGAAAAGAAAUGAAUGGUGCUUUAACGUACAUUUUAGUAGAAAUUGUGAAGAAACACCCAGGACCAACAUACGGUGACUUAAUUGACAUGAUACAUGAGACCAUUGACAAAGUUAAUAACAGUGGUUGCGGUUUGUCAAAGGUUGUAAGAACAAUGUUUAACAGCAAAUUAUUACAGAAGCCUCUCCUUUCAGCUUCUGAAGAAUUUGAUGUUUAUAAAAAACAUUUCAUUUUGUAAAUCAUUAAAGCACCAAAUCAGCUUCCUUUCAACAGAGAGUACAAUUAAAUUGAAUAAAAAGGGCAAGAAAAUCAAAUCAAUCAGCAAUAAUAAUUAAGAUUUUCAUGAA